AUCGGUAUUUUAUUUGUUUAUAAAUUAAAUUAAUUUUUUUUUGUUUUUGUUUGUUUUAGGCCUACUAGCUUUUGGAGUAAAGGAAUCUUCAACUAUUAAUAAUCUAUUUACUGUUGUGAAUUUGGUUACAAUUGUUAUAGCCAUAGUAGCUGGUUCUCUUAAAGCUACCAUUGAUAACUGGAAAAUCGACCCAAACCUUCUUUCAGCAAGUGAUCAAAAACUAGCUGGUGACGGAGGUUUUCUCCCAUUUGGUGUUUCCGGUAUAAUGGCUGGAGCGGCAAAAUGUUUUUACGGUUUCGUGGGAUUUGAUGCAGUUGCUACCACAGGAGAAGAAGCAAAAAAUCCACAGAGGGACAUCCCUUUAGCUAUAGUAAUCUCUUUGAGUAUAAUUUUCGGUGCCUAUUUUGCUAUUUCUACUGUGUUGACGAUGGCAUGGCCUUAUUAUUUACAGGAUCCUGAUGCUCCAUUUCCGUUCGUCUUCGAUGCAUUUGGUUGGACAACCAUAAAAUGGUUAGUUACCAUAGGCGCUGUUUUUGCUUUAUGCACAAGUAUGUUGGGCGCUAUGUUUCCUUUACCACGUGUCCUCUAUGCUAUGGCCAAAGAUGGAAUCAUUUUUAAACAAGUGGCAAUAGUUAGUAAAAAGACGAAAACGCCUAUAUUUGCUACGAUAUUAUCCGGACUUUUGUCAGGUAUCAUGGCAGUUCUUUUUGACUUAGAACAGUUGAUAGAUAUGAUGUCAAUUGGAACACUAUUAGCAUACACUAUUGUAGCUAUAUCUGUGCUUCUGUUAAGGUAUGAACCCAGUGAAGAAAACUCUUUUGCUGAAAAUACAACAAAAAACUUUAAGGAUGAAACCAUAGAGCACUUUAUGUUUGCCAGUUUGAAAAACUUAUUUAACCUUCACGGUAUUAAGUACCCAACAAAAGAAUCAUCACUUAUUGUAAACUGGAGCAUUAGUUUAUUUAGUUUAUUCACUGGCCUGUUUUGUGCUACAGUUGCCAACGGCCGCAAAUUAGUAUUUACAGAACCACUUUACAUAUUUGCUUUCAUUGUAACUAUAAUUGGCAUGGCAGUUUUGAUGGUUAUCAUUAUUCGACAACCAAAAGCAGAAGUCGAGUUAUCCUUUAAGGUACCUUUGGUUCCAUAUAUCCCAUGUCUAAGUGUUGUCUUCAAUUUAUAUCUUAUGUUUCAAUUGGAUCUACAUACCUGGAUUCGAUUUUCGGUUUGGCUUUUCAUAGGUUUCCUGAUCUAUUUCUUGUAUGGAAUAAAAAACAGCGAAGAAAGCGAAAAAAACCAAAAGGCCAGGCAAUUUAAAAAAGAACAAUUUGGAAAAGAAACGACAUCUUUUUAAAACAAACUUGAAAAUUAAACUAGUACAAACCUAAUAAAAAUAGAAGAACAUAUUCAAAUGAGUUAAAUAUUUAUGAUUUAACUUACUCUGUUCCUGAUAGCAGUGUCAAUUUAAAACAGAGUUGAAUAACUUUUUUUAUAAAUGUCUAUAUUUGUGCUAGUCAUAAAAAUGCCUACAAAUAAAAAUAUAGCUUGAAUCGUAAAACAUGCAGAAGAAGAGGAAUACAAAAUUUACCUGUGACUAGAAACAGCCGAAAGUGCAAUUAAAUGGACGGAAGGACACAAUUCGCUUAAUUUUAUACAUUACAGAUAAUCAAAACAGUUAAUGUUUUGUUAUGCUGUAAGAUAUUAAUCUCGAAGUUUUUAUAUGCAUAAAUAAAAUUACAUUUUUGCCUAAAAAGAGGUAAUUUUCAAUCAAGUACAAAAAGCAGACAGUAGUUUCUUGUAAAUAUAAAUGGAUAAGCUAAAAUUAAAUUCACAUCAUAAAUAAAAAUACAGGAAAAUUUACUAUAUUGUUUUACUAGUAUCGUUUUUUAUUGUAUUGUAUAAUUUUCAUAUAUUCACACUUACUAUUUGAUCUGUCGCCACUGAAAUUAAUUGGUUAGGUAUUACAAAACAUUGCUUAUUUAGUUAUUUUUUUCUUAUCAUUUUGACGGCUGGUUCGGUAAAAUAUAGGGUUUUAAAUUAGGUGUAACUAAUUACUACAAAAUAUUCUUUUUAUCAAAAAUUACCUUACUGUAAAAUAGUGUAAAUAAUAAUUUAAGUAUAAAAUUAGAUACAAUUUUGUUGUGUACAUAAUAAUGACAAAUCGUUUUAAAAAAAUAAUGGACAGAAUUUUAAAAUUUAUAGACUUUUUCAAUACUCAAUGAGUGUAGCUACGCAUGUUUUUUUAUAAAUUGAUGUGAUAGAAAAUAUAUGUAGUUUUUUAAUAAAAUCCGAAAUUUAAAAG